CACAACAAGUUUCAGUUGAUAACCAAAUUCGUUAUAAUGGAAAUAUUUUUUGGAAUUUUAUUCUUUUUAAUCUCAAUAAUCUAUAUAUGGUUUAAAAACAAACACAGCUACUGGAAAAGACAACAAGUGGAAACGAUAAGUUUAAAGGAGUUUUAUAGCACAAAGAGAAGACAUAUCGCCUUUAUCAUACAAGAUAUCUAUAAUAAAAUGAAAGUGAAAGACAAAUCAUAUAUAGGAGUUUAUAACCUUGUUACACCAGCUUUAAUAAUCAAAGAUCUUGAUUUAAUUAAAACUAUAUUCAUUACUGAUUUUGAAGCAUUUCCCGAUAGAGGUUUAUAUUCUAAUCCUCACCAUGAUCCGCUAUCCACAAAUUUAGUACGUUUACAGGGAGAUUUGUGGAGGAAAAUGCGGCAAAAAUUAACACCCACUUUCAGUUCGGGCAAAAUGAAAAUCAUGUUUCCCACAGUGGCCGCCAUUGGAGAACGUUUUAUAGAAGUUAUGAGAGAUGAAAUAGAGUUUCAAAACUCGAUAGUAGAAGUAAGAGAUCUGUGUGCCCGCUUUACCACCGAUGCCUUUGGUUUAGACUGCAAUAGCUUAAAAGAUCCCCAGGCAGAGUUUCGUGUUAAGGGCGAUAAAGCUUUCUAUACCAUACAUCCGCUCAUGGAAGCUUUGGCCUCUGCAUAUCCCAAGUUUUUCCACAAAAUGGGCUAUAAAGUUUUUACAAAAGAACUAAUUGAGUUUUAUACUCAAAUUGUGCAUCAAAAUGUGGAAAUGCGUGAGAGAAACAAUAUAAAACGUAAUGAUUUUCUGGACAUAUUAAUUGAUUUGAAGAAUAAUAAGGAGGGUUCAGAAGAUUUCUAUUUACAAAUGGAGGAUGUGGUAGCUCAGGCUUAUGUAUUUUUCAUAGGAGGCUUUGAGACCAGCUCCAGUACCAUGUCAUUUGCUCUUUAUGAACUGGCUUUGAAUCCGGAAGUUCAGCACAAGGCAAGAGAGAAUGUAAGGGAGAUAUUGGAGAAAUAUGAGGGUGAAUUAAGCUAUGAAAGCUUAAAUGAAAUGCUAUAUGUUAAACAGGUUGUGCAAGAAACCCUACGUAAACAUCCCGUAGCCCCCACUGGCCGAAGAGUAUGUCGCUCAUCAUACACCUUAGAUGGCCCUGAACCUUUGAAUAUUCAGCCGGGCGUACAAAUUAUUAUACCCGUUUACGCCAUACAUCAUGAUCCAGAUUAUUAUCCGGAACCCGAAAAAUUCCAACCGGAAAGAUUUUCUGCCGAAUUUAAGCACGAUCGUCAUGCCAUGUCAUAUUUACCGUUUGGUGCCGGACCUCGUACUUGUAUUGCUGAACGUUUUGCUUUCAUGCAAGCAACGAUGGGUGUGGCCUUGCUUUUAAGGAAUUUUAAGUUCUCUAUUUGCGAAAGGACUCCCAAGAAAUUGGACUUUGAUCCUUUUAAUGUAAGAGUAUUUAGUUUAAAGGGCGGCAUUUAUUUGCAAGUGGAUAAUGUUUAAUGCGUACAUAUGGAUUUAUUCUAUUAUUUUGUAUUAUAAUAAAUACCAUUCUGAAAUA